UUGCUGUGAUGGUGUUUACCAACGCCUGAGGACAUAUGACCCCAACAAAUGCCAUACAGACAUCGCAUUUAUAUUUAUAUUAGAGAGAGAGAGAGAGAGAGACUGGGGCUACCCAAUCACGAUGUUGUAAGAAACUAGAUCCGACCGACUGAGAGAGAGAGAGAGAGAGAGAGAGAGAGAGAGAGAGAGAGAGAGAGAGAGAGAGAGGACGCAGGCGUUGGGAGUAGUUUGGUGCAGUAUCGUUUAUUCUGUUUUGCUGUUUAUGGGCCCAACAUCAUCAGUCUGUUUGUUACAAACUUUGUAUUCUAUCCUCCCAGAAACCACCUCCACUCUUUAAUUCUAAAGGAUGUCGCCCUGGUUACUGACACUAACUCUGAUGGUGACUUCAUACAGCAGUCAAACUCAAUGUGAAGACCCAGGAGCUUUUAUUGAGCUGAAUCUGAAGCAAGGAAGAAUUAGGGGCCAAAGGCACAGCAUAGGAGAGUCUCGGUUUUAUUACUCCUUCAGAGGAAUUCCAUACGCUCAACCUCCCAUUGGUGAGCUGCGGUUCAAGAAUCCUGUACCAGCCAGUCCGUGGACAGGACUGCGAGAGGAAACGGAUCCUCCUCCGUGUCCCCAACUCAUUGUGGGAAUUUCUUUGCUAAAAUCAAAUGGAAUUACAGGAGAAGAAGACUGUCUUUACCUGAAUGUUUAUAGUCCUCAGCCUCGUGACGCAGAGUUCCCAGUAAUGGUGUUCAUACAUGGAGGAGGGAUGAAGUUCGGCAGUGCUGACAUGAUGGGUGGAACACCUCAGCGUCUGCUCGUCAAAAAUAUAGUUUUAGUUUCUCUUCAGUACCGAUUAGGAACCUUAGGAUUCCUGUCAACGGGUGACGCAACCUUACCGGGUAACCUUGGUUUAAGGGACCAGACCCUCGCACUUCAAUGGGUUAAGAAGAACAUCCGUAAUUUUGGGGGUGACCCAAAGAGGGUCACUAUUUUUGGACAGAGUGCUGGCGCUGUAUCUGCUCACUUUCAGAUGCUGACACCUUAUGCAAAGGGGUUGUUCAAUCAAGUCAUCGUGCAUUCCGGGACUGCCAUCAAUCCCUGGGCAACACGCAAAGAUCACGCGAGUGUAGCCACCAAGAUAGCGAGAAGUCUCUGUUACCCUGGUGUCAGUGGAAAUCCUAUCAACAGCACUGAAAUUCUCGCCUGCCUGCAAGGAGCAUCUGUGGAGGCCCUCGUCAGAGCUACUGAGCCAUACACAAAUUACGGCUUCCCUUUCUACAUGGUCCCCCGAGUUGACGGAGACUACAUCCCAGCUCAACCAGCUCGUCUGCUGAAGGAGGGGAAAUACCAGAGGGUGAACAUAAUGGCUGGCGUCUGUCAGAAUGAAGUGACGGUCAUUGUGAACGAGAUUAUGAAUACCAAUCAAACUGAAGACAGAGACUUCAUGGAAACUUUCGUCACAAAUCAUUUGCCGAUGUUCUUGGGAAUGGAAGCGGAAGAUGAUUUGAAGUUCUUGACUAGGCGGGCUUUCUACCACUACAUGGACGAUAUUCAGAUCACAGAGACAAAUGUCAAUCAUUUUGAACAGCUUCUUUCGGAUGGCUUCAUGGUGAUGCUGCAGGACGAGGCUUGCGCGCUGCACGCCCGAGACGCGCCCUUUGGAAAGAGCGUUUACAGGUACGAGCUGCAACACAGGGGCGAGAGGUCCUUUAGUAACGCAACCUUCGGGAAACAGUGGGUUGCACACGGUGAUGAUCUGCCAUAUUUAUUCGAUGGAAUUUUUGACUUACCGCCGGUGAGCCGUUCCAACGAUCAGUUCCUCAGCGACAUCAUGGUUACCCUGUGGACGAACUUCGCAAGCACAGGAAACCCAACGCCUGACCUCCAGCUGGGUUUCAAGUGGGAGGCCAUGACCUCCCCUUCCGACUUCAAAUACCUCUCGUUGACUCCUGACCCGAAGAUGAGGGACGACUCUCGGAAACAGAGGCGUGAAUUCUGGAGAAAUCUCCCCCUGAAGAAGAACAAGAUACUAUUUCCUGAACGCUUCCGCAAACUCAGCAACGUUCAGCCAGCUCAAUAAUCGUCUGAAGACUCAGCAAUAUACAGCAAACUCAGUAAUGGUCAGUGAUGCCAAGGAAAUUUAAGCAUUUUAACGAAAUCGAAGCAUUUUAACCAUAUCAUUAAUGUGUAAAAUAUCCAAUAAAUGUAAAUCAACAUCUCAUUCUCAGCUCCCCAUAAACCAGCAAAUAUUAUCAUCGUGGUUACAGUCGGGCCACGAAGGCAAUUAAUCACUCACUUCAUACAAGUCAGUGAUGAUACUGAUUAAGGCCAUCCUCAUCUUAAGCACAGCACUGAAACACCUCAAUGACAGAAAAUGUUUGCUCAACUUGAAAAAUUAAAACAAUGUUUUUCCGAGCUGUCAUCAAGACAAGUUCAACAAUCAAGUAAGUGUACUGAUAAUGGCUCGUCGUAUAAGAACAAUAUUCUCUCCUGACUAAUACUUUGGAGCAGUCUUAUGCUCUUGUUCAUACGUUCAUCACUUCCACAACAUGUCACAAAGCACUGUCAUUUUUUCGCAGUUUUCAUUAAUUCCGUGGAAGUAAAGACAAAAAAGUGUAUAGAAGAUCGAAAUAAAACAUGUUAACGGACA